UGCAGCCAGCCAUUCGCUCCAGGUCGCAUGUCGAACUCGAACGUCCAUAGCGAGCGAGAAACGUUGCGCUGCUCGCCAGCAACCGCAAGCCAACCUCGACCGUUACACGAUGAGCACCACACCGCUGGCAAGGCGGCCCUUGAGCUGCCUCAAGGCCAGCCUACGCCGGGCACGACAACAUAGAAUAAUCUCUCGACAUAUGGCGACCGAGGCAGCUCAGACCACUGCAUCACCACGACCACUACUAGGACACAACUUCUUCCCGCUCACCGACCGCAAAACAAAAACCCUCCGCAGCGCCUUCGCCGUCUACCCAAGCACCACCGUCGCCGGCAAGAAGGCGCUCACCCCACCGCCCGUCAACGUGCUGCAGUCGCUGCACGAAGCCCAGAUCAAAAAGAUGGACCCGACGGGCGCGCGCACGGCGCUCUUUGCCAAGACACGCGAGGCGGCGAAGGUGGGCGACGUGCUGAUGGUGACGCACCGGCGCGGCGGCGAGCCGUUUGCGGGCGUGUGCCUGUCGAUCCGACGGCGCGGCAUCGAUACGGCCAUCCUGCUGCGCAACCACCUGGGCAAGGUCGGCGUCGAGAUGUGGUUCAAGAUCUACAACAAGAACGUGGCCGGCAUCGAAAUUGUCAAGCGGCGGCCCAAGCGCGCGCGCCGGGCCCGCCUCACGUACAUGCGCAAGCCCAAGCACGACAUGGGUAGUGUGGAGGAUUUGGUGUUUGCCUGGAAACGGUCGAGGAAGGUCUUCUCGAGCGGCAAGCCGGCGGCGGCGGCAACGGCGGCGAAGGGGGCGAAGGGGGCGAAGGGCACGGCGGGUGCGAAGAAGAAAUAGGGUGGCUGAUAGGGGAAGGCGUGGGAAGGCGAUGGCGUUGGGCAAGAGGAGGGUUUACCGUGUACACGUGUAUACCAUGUAUAGAUGGAAUCUAACCAAGGUCUGGGAUCGCAGCUAGGGGAUGUGAUGUGAAGAUCCCCUCAACGUUUCUCUCGUCUAUGCACCAUGUCAGUAGGUGUUAUCAUGCCUUUCAAAUGUGACGAGAAGACGGGUUAUGAUACGGAGAAACCAC